CCACCCAUUUACCAUCCGGCCGAGCUAUUAGGGGACGGAUACACGAGGAAAGAGUUGGGAAAACAUCGACGUUUUAUAGUAGGUCGGGUUAUUUUAUCAUACGAGUCCUUAUAAUUUUCUCCUACUGUCGUCUUAUAUAGUUGUCGUUCGCUUUUAACGUUGCUAGCUUGCCUACAAACAUGGCUACAAUGCUUUAAAACCAAGCAGCCAGCAGUCAUUGGGUGAUAAUCAUGAUUGGCAACAUCGUCUUGAAAUAACAGCGUGACAAGAGAAAAACAAACAAGAGAGAGACAACAACACAUUAUUUUAAAGAAAAAAAACACAACAAGCAAAAGAAACCAAAGUAACAUUUAUAUUACGAAAACCGAAGAGAAAGCAAUCUAUAAAAAAAAAAAAAAAAAAAAUUAUGAAAUGUGAGUGCGUUAGUGUUGUAAGUAUCAACAGAAUCUGUAAUAUUGCGCCAAACGGAAGUGACUAUAGGCGAAGCAACAGGAAAUGUCUUUGGAAAGACAGUAGCAGUGGUUCUAGUUGCUGGAAUUUAUGGUUUGACUUCGACAUUGACGCGAGGUUUUACGGAUUGUAAAGAAUAUAUAUAUAUAUAACGAGCAUUAGUGGGAGGAAGUGUGUAUGUGUGAGUGUUGGCGAAAAAGAGAGUAAGAGGGAGGGAACGAUCUCCAGUUAAUACUCGGUAUAAUACACCUACUACUUUUACCUAUACUUAGUACAUAGAUACUGGCGCACGCAGACUCAGUAACAGAUACACUCACUUGCAAAACGUAGGCACACACUCAGACCCAUAGACAUAUAUAAACAGACAAGACUAGGAUCAUAAUGGUUCUUUUCGUGGGGGUGGGUGUUGGUUUGAUGACCUAAAAGACCUGUUUAGAAGUGAUGUCUGGAGAGACAAGAAUCAAUGCUUCUCUUUCUAAUCCUCUACCACCUCCGCCUAUUUUACUUUGUUGUCACUGCUGUCCACACCAACACCACGUCAAUCGUACUAACUGCAACCACAACACCAGAACUAUUAUCACUAAUACUCUCCACCAUCACAACAACACGGCCCCUAACGUACAUAUUAAUUUGUUUUCACUUUUUCGUCACCCCCUUUAUUUUAGUGGGGAGAGACUUUAGGAUAACUUCUUUUUGUAAAGAACAUUUCCCCGAAGAUCUAACCUCUUUCCAUCUCUCUCUACCGCAAUAGCAACCAUCUCUCUGCGUGUUACUCUAUCUUUGCUCUCUACUUGUCCCUCUCUCUUUAUAGCACUGACAACCAUUUGAAUAGAUAUCACAACCAGUACAUGUUAUCUCUCUCCCCCCGGUUUGUGUGUAUUUUUCUCUCUCUUCCUCCUCACAACCUCAAGAACAACGACAACAAUAUCACCACCACGAUUUUACGUGUUAAUCUUCUCUUCCUCUUUCCCCAUCUCGUUUUCGUUUUUUCUGUUUUGUUGACCGUGUCUUGAAAUAGAUGUAUCGGAUUUCUUUCUACAUUUCACACAUUCAAUCACAAUUAUCAUCAUAUCCUCCUUUUUCUGAUGGACGUAACAUCAACAUUACUACCACAACUUCCCAUGUCUGAUGGACUGUGUAACAGCAUCAUCAACAUUACCAUCACUAUUACACCAACUCUACCGACGAAACUGUCUCUUCUCUCAGCCAACAACGCCACAGAUCUAAUUCUAGAAUGAAAAAGUUUUUUUCCACCCAACCAGCCGGUCAUGUCGGCAAAGUCUUCUCCUUGGGUAGAUAUGUUGUCACUGUGGAAGACGUCAUUGCAGAAGGUGGUUUUGCAAUAGUCUUUCUGGCUCGUGCCCAAAAUGGCCAAAAGUAUGCCCUUAAACGUAUGUAUGUCAAUAAUGAACAAGACUUGGCAGUUUGUAAGAGAGAGAUUCAAAUUGCGAAAACUCUCAGUGGACACAAAAAUAUUAUUAAAUAUGUUGAUUCCAGUAUAACUGUCACUCCUAAUAAAGUAUAUGAGGUGCUGAUACUACUGCAGUAUUGUAAAGGCCAUGUAAUGCAAAUGAUGUCUGAAAGAAUUAAUACAGGUUUCAGUGAAAAAGAAGUUUUCAGCAUUUUCUGUGAUGUUUGUGAAGCAGUUUCCAGAUUGCACCAUUGUCAAACACCAAUUAUCCACAGAGAUUUAAAGGUGGAAAAUAUUCUGCGUGAAGAUAGUGGAAAUUAUGUACUUUGUGAUUUUGGUAGUGCCACAGCUAAGUUUCUCAACCCUGUACAGCAUGGUGUUGCACAAGUUGAAGAAGAAAUUCGUAGGUAUACAACACUUCCAUACAGAGCUCCUGAGAUGGUGGAUCUAUACUGUGGUAAAACAAUAACAACCAAAUCUGAUAUCUGGGCUUUGGGUUGUUUAUUAUACCGGCUCUGUUUUUUCUCAUUGCCAUUUGGAGAAAGUGCUUUAGCAAUACAAAGUGGUAAUUUCACAAUUCCAGAUAACUCAAGGUAUUCCAAAGAACUACAUACUUUAAUAGCCUUUAUGCUAGAAGUUGACCCAGAGAAGAGACCUGACAUUUAUCAAGUUUCUUAUGUUGCGUUUUUGUUCAGAGGAAAACAAUGCCCGGUACCUAAUAUGAAUAGUUUACCAAUUCCUGAUGUAACCAAAUUACCAUGUCCAAUGACAGAACAGGAAUUUAAACAAGUCAAAACAACCUUAUACAAAACUGUUACAACCCCUACAAUUGAAACAACGUCAGUUACACCUCGGCAACGGCCAAAAGGGCAAGCUAUGCCACAGUCUCGGGGACUUGGUCUGCCUGUUCACACAUCUGUAUCUUCAAGAAAACGUCCUGGGAAUAGCAAUCAGCUUACCACUCCACAAGGUGAUCUACCACAGACAUCACCUGCAGCAAAUGCUGUGUCUCCAAUGCAACCAUUACCACAUGGCGCUGCGACUAUGUCAGUGCACCAGUUCGACUCUCAACACUCAUACAAUCAAGGACAAAUGUCGAAAUCCCUUCCAACUGCUCCCCAACAAUCAGCUCCAUCGACCAGUUCAUCAAGUGUUAACCAAUGUGUAUUUAUACAGCAGCAACCACAACAACAACAGCAGCAACAACCUCAACAAUCAUCACAACCCCAACAACACAUCCAGUCAGCUUAUUUACAACAGCAACAACAACAUUCUCAACAACUGCAGCAACAACAACACCACCACUCUCAACAAUUGCAACACCACCAUCCUCAACAGCAACAACAUCAUCUACAACAGCAGCAACAUAUACAACAACAGCAACAACAUCUACAUAAUCAACAACAGCAGCAACAAGAACAAGCUGUGUCAGCCUCACAGACUCAACUGCCUCCAGGCAGUGCAAUUUCUCUUUCAAAUUUGGCUUCCUCACAACAACAACAACAACAACAGCAACAACAUCAUCAUCAUCAGCAAGUACAACAUCAUCAACAGCAACAAAAGAAUAAACCCCAGGCAACCAUGUCAAAUGCUACAAAUACCACUAAUCCUGAUCAGUUUGCUAGUUCUGGCCUCUCUUCUCCUCUGACAGUGAGUGGUAGUCAGUCUGGUCAAGCAAACAUUGAAGGUGGGGGUUACUCUGCUGACUAUUUGUCAUCAGAUAAAAUUGUUUCUGCCCCUUUGGCAUCAGUGAACUUAGCACUAACUAGCCGAUCAAGCAAGGAGAAAGGUGCAGGGUCUGAAUCCAACAUAGCAGCUUUACAACAGACCAAAGACACUCAGAAAUUUACUGAGCACAUCAAUAAAGGUUGCAUGAAAGUUCCCAAAGUAGAAUCCAAAAUGAAAAAGAAUGAAAAUCAGCUUUUGAUAUCUAUUACACCACCACAGUCUCCUUGCAAUGCUGUCAAAGGUCAUCGGCGAAAUGUCAGUGACACGUCCUAUAUUACCAUGGGUGGAAAAGGAAGUGCAUUCAGGGCAUACAGCGGUGGCAGUGGUUCUGGUAAUUUGUUGGAUACACCUCGACAUGAUGAUAAGUCUAAAUCCGCAAGCACUUCUCCUGUGCACUCACCUUCCAGGUCUCCCAAUCUUUCUCGGCCAUUAUCAAUGGACAUUUCUGAUUGGAAUCCAUUUGGAGAAGACCACUUUAGUUCCUAUACUGAAGAUAUUAUUUUUGGAAAAGAAUUUGAUAAAAUUCGGCGAGGUUCAAAUAGUAGUAUAUCAAAUGUGAAAAGCAGAGAAGAUUUGGUAAUGUCAGGGUCUGAUUCAUCGGAUCCUUUUUCAAAUGCUCCAUUCAAAAAACCAGGUAAGCGCUCCAACACUUCCAAGCAUGUUCCUGAUCAUCCUGAAGAUUCCACCCAGCGGCUUGGCAGCAGCAGUUUGGCUAGCUCCCUCUCCAGUUUGGGAGAAGAUCUGGCGCACAAAAGUCCACGGCGUCAUAGUACAGGUUCAGCAGAUGUUGCACUCGAGCAUACAAAAGAUCUUAUUGAUUUCAACUCAGAAUCAACUGGAAAAUGUCAUGAACUAUUUGGUGGCAACACCUUAAUAAAAGUGGCGCUGGGUUUAACAGGCAAGAAGUACAAACAACUUGUUGAUGAUAAUGGGGAGAAAGAGAGGAAGCGUAUAGAAACAAAAGGCAAGAAACUUACAACUAAACCAGCUAUCCAACCUAAAGAAGUUGUUGACUCUAGUUCUGAAGAUUACCAUGGAGGUAUUAUAAAUAAAGGUGCUGCUGAUUUUAGCUAUCAGGAAUUGGAUGAUGAAUAUGGUAGUCGACCAAGUGCUGCAAAACCUUCAAAACACAAAGAAGAUUUUGAAUCUUUUGAGGAAUAUGAAGAAUCGAAAAUGACACGAAAUUUUCCUAGUAACUUAUCUGUUUCUCAUUAUCAGAUAUCAGAGAAUCAUGAAGAUAGAAUUGUUGGUCAUGAGUAUGGUAUAAAACCCUUGCUUGAUGAUGAUGAAUUAGAGGAGGUGCAUUCAAAUUUAGGGACAUCUAAAAGCAGCAAUCUUCAACAUAAACGACAUACUGUUAGUGAAGAAAACAUUGGAAGUGAUGCUGCACUAAUUCAGUCUGUUCUGGGACAAUUUAAUGAAGAUGUAUUUUCAGCUGCACCGUUUCCAAUAAAAAGUGGAACUAAGCGACGGCCUAUUAGUGCAGUGAUACCAAGUUCUGUUUCUGCCACUUUCUUAUCAAAGACUUCUGAAGAUGUAUUUUCCCAAGCACCUUUUCGAAGUAAAUUUAGUAAUAAGCUUCAGGGCGGGUCAAAGGCUAGUAGAACUAGUAGCUCUGCUCUUGCCCUGACCACCCCUGAAACCCCACCAAACACCAUCGAAGAGAUCUUUUCCAAAGCUCCAUUUAAUGAUAAAAAGACUCCCAGUUCCAUUCAAACAGCACCAUCGUCAUGUGCUGUUACUCCAGAUUUAGAUGAUGUUAAGGAGCUUGUGUCAGUUGUGGAGCCACCUCACAGCUACCAUUCACAUACAGUUAGUCCACCAGUUGAUGUUUGCAGUUCCCCUAGUCAGGGUAGCUCAUUGCCAUCUUCUACUGAAAGCCAAGAUGUUUUUGGAGCUGUACCAUUUUCUGAAAUGCCUUCCACUUACCCGAGUGGCUCCCAAACCCAUCUAAGUGCCUGCAGCAGCAGCAGCAAUGACGACAUGAUCAAAUUAGAUUCUCCAAUUGAUGAUUUACAAUCUGAAGAUUCCUGUUUGUUGGGGUCAAGUGAUUUUCAAACUGUUGAACCUCAUGAUCGUCACUUCAUGGAAAGUCCAUCGAGUGAAGAUGAUGUAUUUCGGCAAAUUACUGAUUCUCGGACUACUGUUCACACAGCCAGUGCUGUAAAACAUUCCAAACCUAGCAAGUCAAAAUUUCGAAGGGGCCUUAGAGAUAUUUCAAGUUCAGCCUUUUCGAACAUGAGUUAUUUUGAUGAUGAGUUGGAAGCAGAUGAGGAUCAUGGAACUUUAGAAACUGCUGACUUAAACCAGAAAGGGAAAUCUGUUGUCAGUUCCAAAAGUCCUUCUGUACCCCUAAAAUGUCACUCUUCCUAUCCAAAGUCAAGUCAUUCAUCAGGAGAGACUAUGAAGCAGAAGAAGCUUCCUGUUCCUUAAAAUUGUUCUGAUAAACUCACAAAAAUGAAAUGUGUAUCUUGUUUUAAUUGGUUGUGACUAAAUGCUGUAUUAUAUUGUUGAUGAGUCCACAGAGGUAAAUUUUUAUCACCAAUGUGUUGACUAAUGCCUUCGACUGAAUCUUCUUGGAAAAAAAAAAUACAUCUUUUCAAUUGUUUCUGUUCUACUAGGCAGUUAAUUUAUUUUUUUCAGGCUUUAGAAUUUUAACUUGAGAAAAUGUGUUGACUAUUUUCCCUAGAGAUUCUUAGUUGUUGUUGUUGUUGUUGUUAUUAUUAUUAUUAUAAUUAUUAUUAUUAUUAUUAUUUUAAGGUUAUAUUUUUUAUUUCUUUUUUCCCCAUUCAUUUAGAAGUGAGUUAAUAUAUUGAUUAAAAUAGGCUAUUACGUUGAAAUAUAUAUUCAUAUUUGCUUUAUUUUAAGUUUUUUGUUUGUUUUUAAAUUGAACACUAUGAAAGAGGACUGGUAACUGUAUGCUAAUUUAAAACAAACAACUGAACAAUUCUAGAAUUGCUAUUGACCAUCAUCUAAGAGUUCUUUCAGCUUUCUAUUUCAUUGCAUGAUGAUACAGUACAAAGUUACAUACAUGUCUCUUAAAAUUGAGUCAUAUCUGUAACUGAAUCAAAGGAAAAGACAAAACAAAAAAAAAAGCACAUUACAAUGUAACUGAUUGAAAGAAUAAGGGUAUUCUUUCUAAUUGUUAAUAUUUCUUGCUUGAUAUUUUCUUUCUUUAUUUGUUCAUAUUUAUUUGGGCAAAGUCUCAAAUUGUUGCAAAUACAAAUGUAUUUUAAGUUGAAGCAUAUAUACAUAGAGUGAAAAUUUGUUUGUAGUGUGAUAUUUUGGGGUCCAAGACAUAUACAUCACGAUAUAACCAUGAUUUUAUUUCUAAUUUUAAGGCCAUAUAAUAAAAAGACCUUUUAGAGUG